AUGAGAAAGGCUGUCCCUGCCAAGACUGAGGCCAAGGUGAAGGCCCUGAAGGCCAAAAAGGCUGUUCUGAAGGGAGUCCACAGCCAGAGGAAGAAGAAGAUAAGAACCUCCCCAACCUUCCGCCGCCCCAAAACCCUGCACCUCCGCAGACAACCCAAGUACCCCCGGAAGAGUACCCCUCGCAGGAAUAAGUUGGACCACCAUGCCAUCAUUAAGUUCCCUCUGACUACAGAGUCGGCAAUGAAGAAGAUGGAGGACAACAACACCCUCGUCUUCAUCGUAGACGUCAAGGCCAACAAGCACCAGAUCAAACACGCCGUCAAGAAGCUCUACAACAUUGAUGUGGCCAAGGUCAACACACUCAUCAGGUCUGACGGUGAGAAGAAGGCAUAA